CCGGGGUCGGAGGGUGCGCGGGGUUGAAAGCGGGCCGCUCCGCCCCGUCCCCCUCCCAGACCAGCAGAGGCAGCAGCCGGAGCAGCCGCAGCCUGCGCCCUCUCCCGCCCGCCCGCCCUCCGCCCGCCCGCCCGCCCUCCGCCGCCCUCCACCCGCCCCGGGGUCUCUUUCCCCCUUCCUCCUCCUCCUCCUCCACCCCCCCCUUCCUCCUCCGCCCGCCCGCGGGGCCCCCCUUGCCUUCCCGCCCGCCCCUAUUGUUCCGCCCCCGGCCUCCCGCCCUUCCCCUUCCCGCCCGCUCCCCUUUUCCCCCUCAGUCGCCUCGCGCCUGCAGUUUUUGGCUUUCACCCCCCCACCAGUGACCAAAGACUUGACCACUCAAAGUCCAGCUCCCCAGAACACUGCUCGACAUGGACACCGGUGUGAUUGAAGGUGGAUUAAAUGUCACUCUCACCAUCCGGCUACUUAUGCAUGGAAAGGAAGUUGGCAGUAUCAUCGGAAAGAAAGGAGAAUCGGUUAAGAAGAUGCGAGAGGAGAGUGGUGCACGUAUCAACAUCUCAGAAGGGAAUUGUCCUGAGAGAAUUAUCACUUUGGCUGGACCCACUAAUGCCAUCUUCAAAGCCUUUGCUAUGAUCAUUGACAAACUGGAAGAGGACAUCAGCAGCUCUAUGACCAAUAGCACAGCUGCCAGUAGACCCCCAGUCACCCUGAGGCUGGUGGUCCCUGCUAGUCAGUGUGGCUCUCUCAUUGGGAAAGGUGGUUGCAAGAUCAAAGAGAUUCGGGAGAGUACAGGAGCUCAGGUCCAGGUGGCAGGGGACAUGCUCCCCAACUCCACUGAGCGGGCCAUCACUAUUGCUGGCAUCCCGCAAUCCAUCAUUGAGUGUGUGAAACAGAUCUGCGUGGUCAUGUUGGAGACUCUCUCCCAGUCCCCCCCGAAGGGCGUGACCAUCCCGUACCGGCCCAAGCCGUCCAGUUCUCCGGUCAUCUUUGCAGGUGGUCAGGACAGGUACAGCACAGGCAGCGACAGUGCGAGCUUUCCCCACACCACCCCGUCCAUGUGCCUCAACCCUGACCUGGAGGGACCACCUCUAGAGGCCUAUACCAUUCAAGGACAGUAUGCCAUUCCACAGCCAGAUUUGACCAAGCUGCACCAGUUGGCAAUGCAACAGUCUCAUUUUCCCAUGACGCAUGGCAACACCGGAUUCAGUGGCAUUGAAUCCAGCUCUCCAGAGGUGAAAGGCUAUUGGGCAGGUUUGGAUGCAUCUGCUCAGACUACUUCUCAUGAACUCACCAUUCCAAACGAUUUGAUUGGCUGCAUAAUCGGGCGUCAAGGCGCCAAAAUCAAUGAGAUCCGUCAGAUGUCUGGGGCGCAGAUCAAAAUUGCGAACCCAGUGGAAGGAUCUACUGAUAGGCAGGUUACCAUCACUGGAUCUGCUGCCAGCAUUAGCCUGGCUCAAUAUCUAAUCAAUGUCAGUUUAGAAAACGCUAAACCCUCCUCCCAGGCAGCCUCCGUCACGAUCCCUGAUCACCUCAGCAUCAACCUCUCUCAACCCUCCACCCCUUCUUCUUCUUCUUCCUCCUCCACCACCACCCCCUCGCUCGCCACAGCGGGGACCUCCGACGCACCCUCCAGCCUCCCCAACCCUCUUCCGACCGCCCCUUGUGUCUCCAGUCUGCUUGGCAUGAAACCCAUCCCUCUCCUGGCUCUAAAUGUUGUGUCUGCUGCUAAGGGUACCGGGGCUUCAGCUACCACCACCACCACCUCUGCCGUGCCAUGUGUAACUAACAAACUGAAAAGCGAGAAACAGAGAUUCUCUCCCUACUGACUGCAUAUUUUUGGGCACCCUGUCAAAUAUUUCUUGGUUUAUUUUGUUUUUCUUUGUUAAUAUUGGUGAGAAUCAAACAAUUGUGAGCUUGUGACAGUUUCCUUUUUACUAUUUUGGGGGAUAACAGGGUGGGGGCAGGGGCAAUGGUAACCUGUGUUUAGGUUUAGGCCAUUUCAGCCGAGUGCCUGAGUUUGUCUGACUUGUUGAAUUCUUAUCUAGAGCCAUAGUUCUUGCUCUUCAUUCUCAUUCUGUUACUUUUUGUAGCUUUAUUCUGCCUUGCAAUAUAACAAUGUGUUAGGCUCUGUGUUACUGAAUAAAGGCUUCUCCGUUAACUUUUUUUUUUAAUUAUAUCAUGGUUGAGUUAUCAGCUGGCCUUCUUGGCCAAAUUUGUGUUUCUAGCUGUAAUAAAGUUGCCACAGUAAGAACCUUAGUUGACUGUGUGCUGUGAAGGAAAGAAGUUAUUUCUUUACCCAGAAUGGGGAGGCAAGUUGGGGGAAAUCUAAUAAUAAAGUUUGCCAGCUUC